AUACCUACACUGUUCUGUCCUUCAGGCUCUCUGUCCCACUCCAACUGCCUCUCUCUCUCUCUGAGAAAGAGAAGAGGUCUGUCUGUUAGUUCACUUUCUCCAUUCUUGAGUUUCCUUCAAGUGUCAAUGAAUUCUAUAACACACAAACUUCACAAUUUUCAUUAUUCCACUACAAAUUUUUUAACCUUAAUCUUCAAAACUAUAAUUUUUAACUUUCUUUCUUUACCAUGGAACUCACUAAGUUUUGUUUCUACCAAAUUUUGAACUCAUAUUCUCAACAUACACUUGUUUUUUCUCUUACCCAUUUCAUCAAACAUUUUGCAGGCAAUUUCUAUGAUCUUCUUUUUCAUACUUUUUGUGUCACUAUAUGUGGAAGUUCUUCAAUUUAAACUUUACUUGUACUUUUGCUUCAAGUUAUCAACUUCUGAAUCUGUAAUUUAUUCACUUAAUUAUUGUUAGUUUGUUAUUGAUUUUCAUCACUUUUGAGGAGGUUGUGUUUUGAAAUUGAUUUGAAGAUGGGGUUGGUUUUGCAAAUUAUUAUGCUGCUUUUUGUUAUUGGUUUUGUUGUUGCAGCUCAAGGAUCUGAAGGGUCUAUUAUAUCCCCAUCUCCGGCAUUUCUUCCGGCUGUUCAGCCUAAUGGAGAAGCACCUGGUGGUCUUAUCCAUAAUGGACAGUCAUGGAGAAGCAGUGCAUCAAGCCCUUCAGAUCCAGAUGAGUCUGUCAUAUCGCCAUCUCCAUCAACAUUACCUAUGGAUCCUUCCCCUAGUAAAGCACCAAGCCUCUUACAUCCAAAUGGAUCUUUCGUGCAACCUCCAGUUGCAUUACCACCUUCUACAUCAGCUCCAACUCCUCAGAAGAUUAAAGGAAUUGAAUCAUCCAUAUCACCUAGUGCUAGUCCAAACACUAAAUCCUUAUCGCCACUGUAUAAGACUGCUUCGGCACCAUCAACUGCUGAAAUGAAUUUUCCACCAGCCAUGCAACCAAUUCCACCUCAAAGGAAAACACCCAUUGUUAGGCCUCCUAUAUCAACACCAACUGCUUCAGCUCCUGUUGCAAUACCUCCUGGAAAUUUGCCUAAAACUUCACCUAUCAGCCAACCAAUUGAACAUGGGAGUGUGCCUCCUGAGGUUGAUAAGAGGAAUGAAAGUAAGAGUCACAAUCUAGAGCCAGUUUCACCAGGGUUUUUGUUGCACCCUCCAGUUGCAUUACCACCUCCUACAUCAGCUCCAAUUCCUCAGAAGAUUAAAGGAAUUGAAUCACCAAGCUCCAUAUCGUUAUCGCCACCAUAUAAGGAUGUUCCGGAGCCAUCAACUGUUGAAAGGAAUUUUUCACCAUCCGUGCAACCAAUUCCACCUCAAAAGAAAUUACCUAUUGUUAGGCCUCCUAUAUCCACACCAACUGCUCCAGCUCCUGUAACAACACCUCCUGGAAAUUUGCCUAAAACUUCUCCUAUCAGCCAACCAAUUGAACAUGGAAGUUUGCCUCCUAACAUUGAUAGGAGGAAUGAAAGUACGAGUCAUAACCUAGAGCCAAUUUCACCAGGGUCUUUCAUGCACACUCCAGUUGCAUUGCCACCUCCUACAUCAGCUCCAAUUCCUCCAAAGAUUAAAGGAACUGAAUCAUCCAUACCACCUAGUCCUAGUCCAAGCACCAAAUCGUUACCGCCACCAUUUAAGGCUGUUCCGGAGCCAUCAACUGUUGAAAGGAAUUUUCCACCAUCCAUGCAACCAAUUCCACCUCAAAAGCAAAUACCUAUUGUUAGGCCUCCUAUAUCCACACCAACUUCUCCAGCUACUGUAACAACACCUCCUGGAAAUGUGCCUAAAACUUCUCCAAUCAGCCAACCAAUUGAACAUGGAAGUUUGCCUCCUAAGGUUGGUAGGAGGAAUGAAAGUAAGAAUCACAACCUAGAGCCAGUUUCACCAGCCCCAGUUGCAACACCUUCUACCAAUGAGCCCAAAAUUUCACCAAUAAGCCAUUCAACUAAUAAUGGAAGUUUGCCUCCUAAUGCUCAUGGAAAUGGUACAAAUACAAAUAAACCUCACCCCCCGGAGACAAUUUCACCAGCCCCUUCAUUCAAUUUGCCAAAAUAUUCGCCGGUGAGUCAGCCAACUGAACCUGGAAGUUUGCCUCCUACUGUACAUAAAGGCAAUUCCAGUAUCAGGCACACACUGGAGCCUGUUUCACAAGCCCCGGUUGCAGAACCUCCUACAAAUUUUCCAAAAAAAUCACCAGCCAGCCAACCAACUCGUCUUGGAAGUUUUCCACCUAAUGUUCAUAAUACAACUGUACAUAAGGGACACACUCCAGAGCCAGUAAUGCCACCACCAACAAGUACAUUUCCAGUAGAUCCGCCGUUGGCUCACCCAGUAAUACCAGCUGCAUCUCCACAUGAAUUACCAGCACCUGUCAUCUCUCCCUCAUUAACACCUUCAAGAAGAUUCAAUGGGAAAAACAGUGGAGAACCUGUUUCUGCACCUCUGUACAAAACACCAAAGUCACCACCAGCUAUAGUUCAUUCCCCUGCUCAAGCUCCUUCUGGACAUAAAGCAAGGCCAUUACACCAUGCUCCUGAGCCAUUGAUUUCACCUCCUAAAUCUCCUUUCAACAAAGAAGAUCAUUCUCCUGCAUCUUCACCUUCCACAGCAUUUUACAAGCAUCACCAUACAAGGAACACGAUAACCAGCCCAGCUCCUGCAUCAUCAUAUUUUGUUUCUCCUCCGACUUCAAAACACCAAGAUUCUCCAUUUACCUUUCCUAUUCAAUCACCAGUGAGCCAGGUUUCACCUGCUCCUUCUCCAUCAUUCAACAAUUUCCCUCACUCCACCAAAAUUCCAUUUCAUCCUCCUAAAGAAUCUCCUCUGCGGCCUUUUUUGAGGAGCCCUAAGAAGCCAAUUCAAGCAUUGCCACCCCCACCUCCCAAUCAAGAUUGUAUAUCAUUUAGUUGCUCGGAGCCUUAUACAAAUUCACCACCCGGAGUGCCCUGCAUGUGUGUCUGGCCAAUGAGAGUUGGCCUUCGCCUCAGUGUUCCUCUGUAUACCUUCUUCCCUUUAGUUUCAGAGCUUGCUUCUGAAAUAGCCACCGGAGUUUUCAUGAAACAAAGUCAAGUUCGUAUUAUGGGGGCCAAUACAGCAACUGACCAGCCAGAUAAAACUGAUGCCCUCAUUGAUUUGAUACCACUUGGGGAAAUAUUUGAAAACACUACAGCCUUUAUAGCUUCUGAGAGGUUUUGGCAUAAACAAGUUGUUAUAAAAAAUUCUUACUUUGGAGAUUAUGAAGUGUUAUAUGUAAGCUAUCCAGGUUUACCUCCAUCUCCUCCAUUACCACCUUCAAGUGUUAACAUGAUCGAUGGUGGUCCAUAUUCAAAUAAUGGAAAUAAUGGUAGGACAAUAAAGCCUCUUGGGGUUGACAUACAGAAGAAACAGCAUAAAAGUGGACUUAGCAAGGGCAUUAUAGCUAUUAUUGCUCUUUCAGCAUUUCUAGCAAUUGUUUUAUGCUCUGCUACUGUUUUAGCCUUAUCAAAAUUCAGAGAUCGUGUGCCCGAGUCUCAACCAACAUCAACCCCACGGACUUUUCCUCCGUCUCUUGUCAAAGCACCAGGUACAGCUGGGCCAUCAGUUGCUUCAGCUUCAACAUCAUUUCGAUCUAGCAUUGCUGCGUAUGCAGGAUCUGCUAAGACUUUCAGUAUGAAUGAAAUAGAGAAAGCAACUGAUAAUUUUCACCCUUCUAGAAUACUUGGAGAAGGAGGGUUUGGGCUUGUUUAUAGCGGUAACCUUGAAGAUGGAUCAAAAGUAGCAUUCAAAGUUCUAAAAAGGGAGGAUCAUCAUGGCGAUCGUGAAUUCUUAUCUGAAGUUGAGAUGCUUAGCCGCCUUCACCAUAGAAAUUUGGUAAAGUUGAUUGGUAUAUGUACAGAACUCAGUUUCCGCUGUCUGGUUUAUGAACUCAUUCCAAAUGGCAGUGUGGAAUCCCAUUUACAUGGAGUUGAUAGGGAAAAAAGUCCACUUGAUUGGAGUACUCGGAUAAAGAUAGCACUUGGUGCUGCUCGUGGUCUCGCAUAUCUGCAUGAAGAUUCAAGUCCACAUGUCAUACAUAGGGACUUCAAAUCUAGCAAUAUCUUACUGGAAAAUGAUUUUACACCAAAAGUUUCUGAUUUUGGAUUGGCUCGAACGGCAGCUGAUGAGGAUAAUAGGCACAUAUCGACACGUGUCAUGGGAACUUUCGGUUAUGUGGCUCCUGAGUACGCAAUGACUGGACAUCUUCUCGUGAAAAGUGAUGUAUACAGUUACGGUGUUGUUCUUCUAGAGCUUUUGACAGGAAGAAAACCCGUGGAUUUUUCACAACCACCUGGUCAAGAGAAUCUCGUUGCGUGGGCUCGUCCGCUCCUCACAAGUAGAGAAGGACUGGAAGCGUUAAUCGAUCCAUCUCUAGGAGCCAAUAUCCCUUUUGAUAGUGUGGCUAAAGUUGCAGCCAUUGCUUCAAUGUGUGUACAACCAGAGGUUUCGGACCGUCCUUUCAUGGGUGAGGUUGUUCAGGCUUUGAAACUUGUUUGUAAUGAAUGUGAUGAAGCAAAAGAAGCAGGUUCAACAAAUUCUAGCCAGGAAGAGUUAUCUUCUGAUUUCAUUACCGCUUCUGAACAACUACCAGAUAGUUUCCGAGGCCAUUUCGCAGCCGCUAAUUACGAUUAUGGAGUUGAUAUCGAAAAUGGAUUGGCAGCAUCAGAGUUAUUCAGCUCAUCAGCAAGAUUUGGAAGACAAGUAUCCGGAUCAUUUAGAAGGCAUUCAUAUUCAGGUCCUCUAAGAACAGGAAGAAGCAAGCGGUUAUGGCAGAUAAUUCGAAACCUUUCUGGUGGUAGUGUCAGUGAACACGGAGUUAUGCUCAAGUAACAAACAAGUAUCGAUUCAUCCAUCAAAGUUUCUCUGUGCAUAUUGCUCUCCCUCAAAUUGUUAAUCUGCAGUUCACAAAUCACAACUGUACCUUGAAGUUUGACAUGAGAAUAGAAGCAAGAUGUAAAUAUGGUGUGACAUGUUUUUUCUUUUUUUGCUAACAUGCAAAAUCAUAUCUUAUUAGUACUGACUCUAUGAAGAGAAGAAGCAAUGUGGAUCUAGCUUUGAUAUUAGAAUAUGACUGGAAAAAAACUAGCCUUCACUAGGACCUGCAUUUGUCAUAUACUAGUCAGAGAGAAUUGUGUAAUGUUCAAACCAUACACAUACUUGUAUUUAGAUGAGGAGGGAAUGGAAUAUGGUAAAUUAGUUCUAUAGAAUUUGAUGUAUCUUGAAAACAUUUCUGACUUUUCAUGCUGCACAUUUUGUAAAUAAUCUUAUGCUGAUAAUUAUGUGUAACUGUAUAAGAGCUAAGUAACCUAGUGGCAUGGAAACUUGAAUGAGACAGAAAUGCAAUUUAGAGAAAA